AUGCAUCUCCAAACCCUCCUCCUCUCCCUCACCCUAACCCUCACCAUCCAAACAACCGCAACACCACUCCCCCUCUCCCUCUUCACCCGCGAUGCCGCCCUAACAGAAUCCCAAAUCACAACCAUCUCCCCCAAAAUCCACCACCUGCGACGACGCCCCCGCCAAAGGCGAAUGCGCCACCGCCAAACAAGCCGCCGCGCCGCCAUAAUCAGUCUCAUGGCCUUCGAAAGCGGCGAUUUCAAAUACAACAAGAACCAUUUCCCCGGCGUUGCCGGACAAGGCACACGCAAUAUGCAAUCUCCUUCGUUUAAUAAGAAAUAUGCUUCUUCGCUGCCUGCGUUGGAGGACCAGCUUGCUGGUGUGAGCGACAGUCCUGCUGAUCUUCUUGAUCUGCUGCGCAGCGACGGGGCUAUUGAUUUCGGCUCGGGGGCUUGGUUCCUUACUACGCAGUGCUCGAAGGAGGUGCGUGCGGCGCUUGCUGAUGGAUCGGAGACUGGGUGGCAGCGGUAUAUCUCUGACUGUGUGGGGACUUCGGUUACUGAGGACCGGAAGGCGUAUUGGGAGAGGGCUGUUAAGGCGUUGGGGGUUUAG